AUGGCUGGCUUGCUUCCUAUCUCAGCAUCGCUUUUGGGUCUUGCAGUUUCGGCUGCGGGCUUGAGCUUCAAUGUGCCGACAUCCCCGCCGUCGAACUCCAGUGGGCAGAUAUCUGCUGCGCCUGUUGGUGUCUCUCUGGAAUUUUUCGCAUUUCCCGAGUACUUCCAAGGAGUCGAUGCGACAGCGACAUGUUUGCAGAAUAUGAAAGACUUGACAGGAACAUGGCCACCUGUGCGGAUUGGAGGAACUACUCAGGAUCGUGCUACAUAUGAUGCAUCCUCAACCGAGGCAGUCACCUACACAGUGGCCAGUCCAGGCGAUGCGCCCCAAACAUUGACUUACGGUCCAUCUUUUAUCUCCCUGGCUGCUACAUAUGCGGGAAAGGUUAUCAUCGGACUGAAUCGUCGCCUGGAUGAUAUUUCCAACACCAUCUCGGCUGCGCUCCUUGUCCAGAGCAAGAUGGAUAACCUCUAUUCCAUUGAGCUUGGAAAUGAGCCAAACUUCUUCACUUCCAGCGACCCCAUUGCAAAUGGCGCAUCCUGGACAGCGGCAGCGGACGAAGCCUCGCAAGUGAGCUGGCAAGAUGCUGUAUGCGGCAAUCUCUCUGCGUCCGAUAUCAUUUCGGCAGGUGUCUACUUUGGUACUUCUCCCAUGAGCCUUGUCGGGCUUACCGCAACGGAGGGCGAUGCAAAUGAUUAUGUCAAGGACUACUGCUCUCACAACUAUCCCCAGUCGUCUGGUAACUACGACCUCGCCAAGCUCAUGGGCCACAGUGCUAUUGCGUCUCAGAUUGAGCCUUACGCUGCUGAGGCUGCUGCUGCUGCUACCAAGGGCAAGCCUCACAUCUUUGGCGAGACUAAUUCCGCUACACAAGGCGGAGGUGGCAUUAGCCCGACUUUCGGCGCGGCCCUCUGGAUCCUGGACUAUGUCAUGCAAACCGUUCUCAUGGGCACAGAUGCCCUUUAUUUCCACCAGGGCACUGUUGGAAACUGCCAAUACUGCUGGUGGGGCCGUUACAGUAUGGGCUCCCCGUACUACGGAGCUUAUUUCGCCACAAUGGCAUUGGCGAACGCCGACCAGAUUGCGCCGCUGGAUAGCCAAGAUAGUGCAUACGCCGCCUAUGCUAUUUACAAAUCCGGAGCUCCUGUCCGAGCUCUUCUUUACAACUCCGAUUACUACACUAGUGGCACCCGUUCCUCGCAGACAUACACGCUGUCUGGUCUUUCUUCUUCCAGUGUCACUGCGAAACGGUUGACUGCCCCUUAUGCUACAUCUCGUGUUGACCAAGGCUCGAACCCGACCGUUGCUGGUCGGACUUUCACCAAUGGGACUUGUGUGAUUCAGGGUACUGAGACUGUAGAGACUGUCACUGUUUCUGGUGGGACGGCCACUUUUGCUGUUGCGGCCUCGGAGGCUUUGUUGGUAUACCUGUAG